AGUACGCCAAAAUGGCGGCUUCGGGAGCUGCUGAAACUCGUGUCUUAACAUACACGAUCCAUAAAUGUUCCAGCUAUUCUGCAAACUAUUUACCCGCGAACAUUUUGGAGGACAAACCGAAUGAUCAGUCUUCUAGAUGGUCUUCCGAUAGCAAUUACCCGCCACAGUUUCUUAUACUGAAACUGGAAAAGCCAGCUAUUGUUAUGACGAUCACAUUUGGAAAGUAUGAGAAGACCCAUGUUUGCAAUCUCAGGAAAUUCAAGAUUUAUGGUGGGCUGAAUGAUGAACACAUGACUGAGUUGUUACAAAGUGGAUUAAGAAAUGACCACAAUAAAGAAGCAUUUGAACUUCAGCAUGAACUGGAUGGCAAAAUGUUUCCUUGUCAAUAUAUAAAGAUCGUUCCAAUUAUGUCAUGGGGACCCAGUUUCAACUUCAGUAUUUGGUUUGUGGAGCUGUCAGGAGUCGAUGAUCCUGAGAUUGUUCAACCCAGUCUUACUUGGUUUAAUACUUAUCGAGAAAGGGAGGCCAUACGGCUUUGCCUGAAACAUUUUCGACAGCACAACUAUGCAGAAGCUUUUGAAUCUUUGCAGAAAAGAACAAAGAUCACUCUUGAGCAUCCCAUGCUGACAGAACUCCAUCAGAAACUGGUGAUCAAUAAUGACUUUGAUGGAUGUGAGAAAAUCGUAGAACAAGCUUCAAAUGAUGCUAUUUUCAGUCAUUAUAUUAGUCAGCAAGAUUACAAACCCAAGUGGAAAGCAAUUGUUCCUCUCACUGCUAAAACUGAGGAUAGCAGUAGUUCACGGCCGGGUAUGAGAGGCGGGCACCAGAUGUCGAUUGACAUGGAAUCUCAAGUGAUCUACCUGCUUGGUGGUUGGGAUGGGACACUGGACUUGGCUGAUUUCUGGGCGUUUACAGUGGAGUCUUCUCAAUGGACUUGUCUGUCGCGGGAUACAGAGCAGGAAGGUGGUCCAUGUGCCAGGUCCUGUCACAAGAUGUGUCUGGACGGCAAGAGAAAGUUGAUAUAUACCUUGGGAAGAUACUUAGACUCCGGAAUAAGAAACGUAACACCACUUAAGGUAAGGUGCACAUGGAGUGGGAGAGAAAGAUCGAGAGAGAAUUUAAUGUGUAUUGAUGUAGAAAAAAGCACGAUUUAUGUGUUUGGUGGUCGUGUGCUCACAAGCUCAAGCGGAGAUGAAAGAGCACAGGAAACUCUCUUUAGUGGACUGUACUCGUACAACUGUCAAACAAAUACCUGGAAUAAGCUCAAGGACGAUUGUCCUGAGCUCCGAUCAAGAAUAGGACACUCAAUGUUAUUUCAUCUCGAGAAAAGACUUCUAUACAUUUUUGCUGGACAAAGAGGAAGAGAAUUUUUAAGUGAUUUUAUUACAUACAAUGUGGACACCCAUGAAAUAUCAUUUAUAUAUGAUGGAAGCAAAAAGGAAUCUGAUCAAGUUCCUGCAGCAGGUUUUACACAAAGAGCAACAAUUGAUCCGGGUCUUAACGAAAUCCAUGUAUUAUCUGGUCUUAGUAAGGAUAAGGAAAAACGAGAAGAAACGGUCAGGAAUUCCUUUUGGGUAUACGAUAUGGAAAGGAAAUCAUGGUCUUGUGUUUACAAGAAUGAGAACAUGGGUCAGCAGUAUUGGACUAAGAUGCAGAAUGUGGAGCCGUGCCCUCGCUUUGCACAUCAGUUGGUGUAUGACGAUAUUCAUAAAGUACAUUACCUGUUUGGAGGCAAUCCUGGAAAAUCCAGUUUACCUAAGAUGAGACUGGAUGACUUCUGGUCGCUAAAGUUGUCAAGACCUUCAAGAGAACACUUAUUAAGAAGAUGCCGAUACUUAAUACGCAAACAAAGAUUUCAUGAGAUGGCUGCUCGUGAUCCUUACGAAGCUCUUCGUUAUCUGCAGCACGAGCUCUCGGAGACAGUCACCCAUGACGAUCCGGAGGAAAGUAAAGAGUUUCGUCUUAUAGCAUCCAGUCUAUUUUCUCAGUCAGUCUCCACACAAGAUCGAAUGGAAACUGGCGCAGACUCACUAUCACCGCCCUUAAAUGACGGUUUUGCUGGAAGAACACAGUUGUUUGAUACAUUGGUGUCUUUCUUCCCUGAACACAUGACGCAACCAAAAGGAAAUCUUGUGGAUCUGAUCACUUUCUAACAUUUCGGAAGAUCCAGUGAAAUAAACAGCGAUCAAGAACCGUGGAAUUAAACGAGAUCAAUGAAUAAUUUCUAUUUCCGUGAACAGGAUUGUUCUGCUACACAGACUGAUUUUGAAAUGAGACCGGUCAUUAGUUAUCAAACUGGAGGCGGACGGGUGGGAGGAUUUUGGUUGAUUCCAUAGUCCCCCCUUCCCUCUACUCCCUGUGGUCGACGAUGGAUCCCCUUCCGUCACCCUCAAAAUCAUGUGAUCCCUCAAAAUCCACCACACCCUCCUCCCAGAGUUAAAUAGUGACUGGUCCCAUAGGUUCCGGUCAACGAUGCAAAGCUUGUGUUUUGUAAUUAGUGUAAAGUAAAACUACAGAUUUUUUCAGGAGUUUUGAAUAGAUGUUGAGUUUAUUACUA